AUGUUAGUAGAGAUGAAAAGCUUCAUUCCUUCUUCAUAUACUUUCGAAACAAAAAUCCAGAAGAUAAAGCAAGAACUUUUAACAAGUACUUUGGACUGUUGUGCGAAAGAUGAAACAAAUGAACAGUAUCUUUAUGAAAUGCAGGAUAUUAUUGACCAUUUACCCAAAUUGCCUGAAAUCCAGCAACAAAAGCUUACUAUUCCAGAAUUCGAUGAAAUAGAAGUCAAAGCAACUGACUCAGUAGAAAUAAAGAAGUUCAUACGAAAGGUUAACUAUGAAUUCCUUGGAUUUCAUUGCAACCACAAAGUCAUGGACAAAGAUUGCGACAUGGUAUAUAAGAACAUCUCUGACAUAUACAAAUCUGGGGAGUUUAAGACCUACGAUAACUUUGUUUCGUUAGUUGCAAAAUGUGUAUGGCAGAUAAGAGAUAAAGAUAGAAGAGGUAAGAUAUGGAAUGAACAGAUAAAACCCGCAACUUUUGAGUUAAAGAGAGCAAUUGACGCCUUAGUCAUACUAGCAGGUAAGGUUUCAGAAUAUAACGCAAAAAUGAACCCACAAUGUUCUAAAUGUAAAGCAGCAAUGAGGAAAUAUAACUACUCCGUCAAAGAGAUAGAAC